CUUUGGCAUGAGACGUCAUCUGUAGGCGGAAAUCGGUGUGAUCGUCAGAGUUAGGCAGUGAUCAGUUCCUUUAGCGCUGCACGUGUGUUUUAAGUGUGCUCCGCGCGUUAUAAAGUCUCGAGCAUUGGCGCUCCAGCAGCGUGAGUGUGUGAAGCGCUGCUUUAUCGUCAGAAGCGCAGCAGCGCGUGGUGUGAUGGCGUGUUGGUAGAGCUGGACUGUGAUUGGUCAGAGCGGAGUGCGCUCAUGGCGUGGCUGUUAUGGGCGGUGCGCAGAUCAGCUGCUGCGCUGCUCGUGCGAGUAAAUAAACCCGCAGCUCGAGCUCAAACUCCGCAUCUACCUGCUCCACAGCACACACAGCUCCACAGUGGGGUCAGACGGCUCAGUUCACCUGUAAGGAUGCCGGAGAUUAACACAGAUAAUCUGGAUGAGAAGCAGGUGCAGUUGCUUGCAGAGAUGUGCAUCCUCAUCGAUGACAAUGACAGGAAGAUUGGAGCUGACAGCAAGAAAAACUGUCAUCUUAAUUCAAAUAUUGAUAAAGGAUUAUUGCACCGAGCCUUCAGUGUUUUCCUGUUUAACAGCGAGGAAAAGCUGCUCCUUCAGCAGAGAUCCAAUGCCAAAAUCACUUUUCCAGGCUGUUUCACCAACACUUGCUGCAGUCACCCUCUCCACAUCGCCAGUGAACUGGAGGAGCAGGACGCCAUCGGGGUCCGACACGCCGCACAGAGACGCCUGCAAGCUGAGCUCGGCAUUCCCACUGAUCAGGUGCCUCCUGAAGAGAUGACCUACCUGACCCGCAUCCACUACAAAGCCCAGUCAGACGGCGUCUGGGGCGAGCACGAGAUCGACUACAUCCUCUUCAUGCAGAAAGAUGUGGAUCUGAACCCAGACCCCAACGAGAUCCAGAGCCACUGCUACGUGUCCAAAGAGGAGAUGAAGGAGAUCCUGGAGAAAGCCAAGAGGAAAGAGCUGGAGAUCACGCCCUGGUUCAGCCUGAUCGCAGAAACCUUCCUCUUCAAGUGGUGGGACAACCUCCAUAACCUCAAACAGUUCAUCGACCACGACAGGAUCCACCGCAUGUGAGCCACGUCUGGAAAGGACUCAUUAGUUACUAAUGGACACUUAAACGGUUAAUUAAAAAGACUGCACGGUUUAAUGCCAUGAAGCCAUGAAGGGCUCGUCUUGUUGUUUGUAAAUGUUUGGACAAGCUGAGAGUUUUAUUUUGCAUUAAGGUUAAUGCACUUCAAACUGCUCCAGGAACACAUGAGUCGGAGGAUUGUGUGAAGUGCCUAGUUUCAUAUGAGAGACUGUGCUUUUGAAAGAUUAUUUUGUGUAGAUAAAACUAUCAGGACUCAUUAUGAGGUUUACUGUUAUGCAAAGUAAUUAUUAAAGAAGAAAAAUACAA